AUGAUUGUUAGCGACGGCUGUUAUGAGAUGACCAGAUGCGAAUUCCUUCUAACAAAUGUACAACGUUUGUGGGGUAGUAUCGUCACCACCACUCAGAUUACCAUCCUUCUCGAGAACUUUGCAGUUCAAACCUUAGCGAACUAUGUUACCGCUGAACAAAGGAAGAAUAGCGAGUUGCUAAAAUUCGCUCGCCAAAUUGCUACAGCAAUUGACUACUUCGAGCGGUCAAAAUUUGUCCACAAGAAAUUGUCUAUCGACGUUUGUCUUCUUACCGCUGAUAAUAAUUUGAAGGUCGUGGUAUUUGGUCUAUCAACGGGUCUUUUCCCAAAACGGCUUUACCUGAACGAUGUGGAUAGAUGUAGAUGGAUUCCAUGGGAGUGCCUUACUAGUGAUGAUGGCAGCGAACCAGAACCAUAUGACAUCAGAGCGGUCAUCUGGACUUUGGCUACCAUAAUCUGGAGCAUGUUUCAUAGAGGUGACUGGUGAUA